UAUGGAAGGAGCCGGGGCACAGCCGGCACUGGGGCCCCUGCUGCCCACCCCGGCCCCGGAGGUGCUGGAGCGGGUGCUGAGGGAGCUCCACGGCCCCUUGCCCUGCGCUGCCUCCAUCGCCCGCCUGCGGAAGGGGCCGGCCGGGGGGUACGAGCCGGCCGGGGGGGCCGGGGAUGCGCUGGAGAGGAGGCAGUUGGCCAAUGCCAAGGAGCGGCAGAGGAUCAAGAACAUCAACAGCGGCUUCUCCAAGCUCAAGGCCUUGGUGCCCCUGGUCCCCCGCGACCACAAGCCCAGCAAAGUGGACACCCUCAAGGCAGCCACCGAGUACAUCCGGCUGCUGCGGCUGGUGCUGGAGGAAACGGGGGGGCUCAAGGAUGCUGAUGCCAAUCAGGAUCUGGGUGAUGCCGCUGGGACCAGGCCUGGCACUGUCCCCCUGUAUCCAUGGGUUGCCCCUGUGCUGCCCCCCAACCCUGGGCUGCUACAGGAGAGUGGGGAGCUGGUUUUACCAGCCAAUCCCUAAAAAACCCUGGAAUCUCCAGCAGAGACCCACGGGGGACCUGGUGUGAUGCCAAGUUUGAUGCUCCAGCACUUCCUUUGGGGGCUGCCUCCUGUCCCACGGCCGGAUCCAGCCCCACAUCCCAUUACACUGCCCCUCAACCUACCUAUCCCCAACACGGGGGGGGGGGGCAUCACUCCUCAACCACGAUGGUGAGGCCAGAGCUGUAAUUAAUAGCUUUAUGUGAAUGUAAUUAGCAAUUAGCAGCUCUGCUUCCCCCCCCUUUAUUUAAUGGAACUCCCAAUUCACCAUCUAUCUCAUAAUAAAAGAGGAUUUUGGGGGGUGUCCAUGCUGCUCCUGUG